UCUAGAUAGUAAGAUAUUAUUAUAUGGUUUAUAGAUAGCCUUUUUAGGUUGAGAGAAUAUUUAAUGACAGCUUUAAGAGGCGCAGUAGAGAGACAGAGCUCACAUGCUUCCUGCUCUCAUAGGAGACGCAGCCCGGACAGCCAAGGUCUAACCGGAGCUGAUCUGGUAUCUGUGUUGAAGGCUGAACCUGGACCUGGUCCGGACUGAUACAACCAGGUCACACCAGGGAAUCUGUCCAAAUCAACACAGCAGCAGCCAGAUCUCUUCUAACCUGGUUAGCCAGCCAGGGAAGCCAGGAAACUGAUUGUUGGCUUUCAGGGUUCCUCCUGCUAUCUUCUCAACUCCUCAGAAGAUCCUACAACCAUUUGAAUUAGUCGGAAUUCUGAGAAGUUAACAAAUUGGGCUACAAUGACAAAUACUUUAAAAGAAAAGUUAAUUUGGCCGCCCCCUAAGCGGUUGGCAGAAGCUGUUAAGAAUGAAAGCAGGAAGAAUAUAGAACCUCCAGGUACUCUGGACGUUUAUACUCUUCCUCUGAAAGCCCAGCCCAUGAAAUUGGUGGGAUGCAAAUGCUUUAUAUUUGGAAAAGACUUGUUUAAACAGAACCGCACCAUCAUGGUUCUAGGAGAAACUGGGGUGGGGAAGUCCACCCUGGCCAACAGGAUGAUCAACUACAUCCUAGGGGUCACAUGGGAUGAUACCUUUAGAUUCAAGUUGGUAGACGAAGGUACGGCCAAGUCUCAGACUCACAGCCAGACCUCUGAAGUCACCGUGUACAAGCUCAACCACCAAGAGGGCUUCCAGAUCGACUACUCCCUGACUAUUGUGGACACGCCGGGUUUCGGAGACACAGGAGGCAUAGAGAAUGACAGGAUGAUUAUAGAUCAGCUACAAAGGCUUUUCUCAGCUCAAAAUGGAGUCAGCGAGAUUGAUGCCAUCUGCCUCGUGGUCCAAGCGCAUCAGGUUCGGCUUACACCAAAGCAGAAAUACAUCUUUGACUCACUGCUCUCCAUAUUUGGCAAAGAUGUGGCAGAGAACUUCCAGAUUUUGGUGACAUUUGCAGGUGAAAAAAAACCUAAGGUUCUCGAGGCAAUCAAAGAGUCUGGAAUCCCCUGUCCUAAAAGCAAGGGUGGUUUACCAAUUUGCUUCAAAUUCAAUAACGAACAAAAUGAUGAUGAUGAUGAUGAUGAUGAUAAUGAUGAUGAGGAUGAUGAUGCUGCUGAUGAUAAAGAAGGCGGGGGGGGCUUUUCUGGUCAAAAGUGUUGGGACAUGGGAACCAAAAACAUGAAAAAAUUAUUUUCCAAUCUAAAUGCAAUGAAUACCAAGAGCUUGACCUUAACCAAGGAGGUGCUUAGACAGAGAGCACAGCUGGAGAUCUCCAUUGAGAAUCUCCAGAGGAAUAUGAAAUUGAGCUUAACUAAAGUUGAGGAGAUUAAGAAAGAAAGGGAAAUUCUCCAAACACAAGAGGCAAUUCCAGCCAAUGAGGCAUUUGAGUAUGAGGUCAGCAUCACAAAGCCUGUUAAAGUUAAAGCCAAAGAAUUAUCACUUAACUGUAACAAAUGUAAUGUCACUUGCCACAAAUCAUGCAAGGUACAAUUUGAUACCAUGUAUUAUUGUGAGGCCUUUACCUUGGUGGCUACCUGCGUUGAAUGUAUAGGCAAGUGCUCACUAAAGGCGCAUGUACGUGAGAGUUUCUACUGGGAUUCAGAGACGGUGAAGGAGAAACGAACCUUUAAGAUGCUGAAAGAAAAGUAUGAGAUGGCUUUGAAGAAAAAAAUGUCUGACGCAGACAUCAUCAAAAAUAAGGAAAAUGAGUACAUCGUCCUACAUGAGGAGGUGGUCAGGCUGAUAGAGCGCUCAGCCCAGUGUCUCAACACCCUGAGAGAGAUCGCUCUGAAGCCCGAUCCACUCUCUACAACUGAAUACAUCGACCUGCUGAUAGAGGGAGAGAAGUCAGAGGCCAAGCCUGGCUUCCAGGAGCGCGUCAAGGAACUUGGAGAACUGAAGAAAAACUACGCUAUCAAGAGGAAGGUUGCUGGCGGGGCAGGACAGCCAGUGGUUAGUUGAAUGGAUGCUGUUGAUUGAACAAAAUAACAGAGUAAUGACAUCAAUAGAAAUUUGGUUUUGGUAAAAAUGUUUUGUAUUUACAAUUUGUUUGUUAUUGGGUCGCCAAUUUGCAGGGUAAAAUGCAUAAAAACACUGAUAUGUGAAUUCAUUUUCCUAAUUAAAAUAGAGGAGUGUUAGCUCAGCUCCAUUGCUGUGUGCUGAGCCCCCCCCCCCCCCCCUCUUUCCCUUCCUGUGCACCUUGACCUGACAACUGGGAUAACAUUGAGUGUGAACGGUGUUUCAGUCAGUCUCAAUUGUGAUGUUUAAAUGAAAAGACAACAACUUUCUGUUGUUCUGUGUACUUUAUAUGCUUGGUUGCACUCCCCACUCCAGCUGAACACUGAGUGUAUUGACUUGCUGCUUCUUUGUCACAUUUUUUUAAGUUAAUUGUGCAAAUUCUUAUCUGUACACACACAUCAGCACAUUGGAUUAUGGCUGUGAUGUCCUUUCAUUUGUUUGUUGUGUUCUUUAUCAAAAGUUUAUACAUGUAGAUCUUAUGGUAAUUCAUGAUGCAUUAUUUUUAAGUUUGGGUCCCAGGGAGACCCCAAAUGUCUCUUUUGGGUCUUGAAUUGAAAAGGUUUGGAACCCCUGUAGGCCUAUUAGAGGAG